AGAGAAGAAACGUCAAAAAAAUUAUUGCAGAAAAAAAAUUAUUGCUGAAGAAAUUUAUUCUAAAAAAAAUCGAACAAACUAUUAUUAAAAUUAAUUAAAAAUAUACCAAUUUUAAAUAUUUCACUACCAUUAAGGAUUAAAAAAAAUAUAAAAUGGUGCCUGCAUCAGAGGAAGCACAAAUUGCUAAACUUCUAUCAAAGUAUAAACAUGUUAAUGCCACCAAAAAGGAAGUGGUCGAUGUUAUAACAAGCUAUCGCAGUUUAUCAUAUAAUUUACAAAAAUUUGUUUUUAAUGAUGGCAGUACUAGGGAUUUGUUUAAUUUACAGGGCACCAUUCCGGUGGUUUAUAAAAACAAUACAUAUUACAUUCCCAUUUGUAUUUGGCUAAUGGACACACAUCCUAUGAAUGCUCCUAUGUGUUUUGUAAAACCUACACCAAAUAUGCUGAUUAAAGUAUCAAUGUAUGUGGAUCAUAAUGGCAGAAUCUAUUUACCCUAUUUGCAUGACUGGCAACCUAAUUCAAGUGAUUUGUUAUCUUUGAUUCAAGUAAUGAUUGUUACAUUUGGAGAUCAUCCACCAGUGUAUUCGGUGCGUAAAGAUCAAACGUCGUCUACGCCAUAUCCAACAGGAUCCUUUAUGCCGCAGCCGGGUGGAGCAGCAAAUCCUAAUACCGCAGCGGCAUCCGGUGGUUCAUAUUUGCCAUAUCCAUCUGGUGGAGGAGCUUUUCCACCCUAUCCACCAAGUAAUAGUUUUGGUGGUUAUCCACCAUAUCCAACAUCAUCGGGUAAUGCUAUGCCAGCAGCCACUUCAGGUGGUGGCGCAGGUUAUCCACCCUAUAUGAAUUUCCCACCAGUUCCAGGUUACAAUUCAGGCUAUAAUCCUUCAAAUCCCAGUUCAACCGGUACCAUAACUGAGGAACAUAUAAAAGCUUCUUUGGUUAGUGCUGUAGAGGAUAAAUUACGUCGCCGUCUGCAGGAAAAAGUAAAUCAAUAUCAAGCCGAAAUCGAUACUCUAAAUCGUACCAAACAAGAAUUGGUAGAAGGUAGUACUAAAAUUGAUUCAAUCAUAGCCCGUUUAAAGAGAGAGGAGGUUGAUUUACAAAAAAAUAUAAAUAUUUUACGUGAUAAAGAACAAGAGCUGGAAAAAAGUCUAGAGACUUUAGAAAAUUCUGAAGGCAUUGAUCCAGAUGAAGCUGUUACCACCACAGCUCCUCUAUACAGACAACUACUUAAUGCUUAUGCUGAAGAAGCCGCCACCGAAGAUGCCAUUUACUAUUUAGGUGAAGCCUUACGCAGUGGUGUCAUUGAUUUGGAAACAUUUUUAAAACACGUACGCCAGUUAUCACGCAAACAAUUUAUGCUGCGUGCCAUUAUGCAAAAGUGCAGACAAAAGGCUGGUCUAGCUGGUUAAUUAAAGUUACAAAAAUGAAAUGAUUGAAAAAGAAAUUGAAAGUAAAAAUUCUCUAAGGAUUUUUAUGUUCAUGUCAUUGCCGUUAAAUAGCGUAUAAAAAAAAUGUAUUAAAAUUUUAUAAAAGUUAUUAUAAAAAGAGGAUAUCUAAUUGAUCACAAAGAGAAGAGAAAAAGCGAUAAAAUGAUAUUUAAUUAUAGUUAUAUUAAUAAUCAAAUAUAUUUAUAUAUAAAACACAAACAAA